AUGAAAGCCCUCGUCCUCUCGCCAUCCAGCCGAUCGGCCUCCGUCAAAGAUAUCCCAAUACCCUCUCCCGGGCCUCGAGAGGUCCUCAUCAGGGUCCGCGCCGUCGCCUUGAACCACGUCGACGCGCUGUACGCCAACAAUCCCAUAGCCGCCCAGGACGAACGGGUCAUCGGCAGCGACUUCUCAGGAGAGGUUGUACAAGUCGGCGAGGGCCUUGACGUGGUCGAUGAUACGCGUGCGCAGAUUGGAGCUCGCGUGGCCGGGGUUGUCCAAGGAGCCUGCUCCGUCAACUUCCGCCCGGGUGCUUUUGCAGAAUACCUCGCCGUCGAGUACGACCUAACAUGGCACGUCCCGGCGACAAUAUCCUUCGAAAGCGCGGCGACAAUCAGCCUCUGCGGUCUGACCGCUGCCCAGGGCGUCUUCGCCCGCCUGCAACUCCCAUGCCCAUUCUUUAACACCAGAGGCUUCUCGGGCCUCAACCUCGCUGACGACAGCCCUGUCAACGUCUUCAUAUACGGCGCGACAUCCUCCCUCGGUCUGUACGCCGCACAACUCGUCCGCGCGUCUGGAAAGACUUCUGGUCGCAGGAUACGGCUCAUCGGCGCAGCCAGCGCGUCGAAGCACGCCAUUUUGAAGCAGGAACCGUACGGCUUCGAUGUCCUGGUCGACUACCGGGAUACCGAGUGGGUUGAGAAAGUGCGUGAUGCGGCCAGGGGAGGGGUGCAGUACGCCAUUGACGCCAUAUCCAGAACCCCGUCGGUUGAGCAGGUUGAACAAACGCUGGCGGAGGAGGGCCAGUUCGCAGCAUUCCGGAGUCCUGCUCUGGGCGGAUUUGAUAUCUCCAAGAUGAGGGUCAAGCCCCUGAUUGGAGCUGUCUGGGAAGGGUUGGGGGUUGAAGUAUUGUACCAAGGCGCAACUCUCCCCGCGAACCCCGAGGCGCGACGAUUCACGGCCGCAUUCUGUAACCACAUGGGCUCCGAAGCCGCUUCUGGGGUUGUCAAGGUGCAGCCGAACCCUGUACGUCUGAUGCCGGGUGGUUUGGAGAGGGUCGCUUUAGAGGGCUUUGCUCUGUUGACUGGUGUCGGGGGUGAACGGUCCGUAAGUGCCGAGAAGAUUGUGUACACUAUCUCUUGA